AGGACACUACUCUUUACUCUUAUUUAUAAUAAACAACUUAAACGGGUUAAUAUAGAAAGUAUAUAUAAUAUAUGUAUAACAUAAUAUUAUAUAUAAUAAAAAACAUCUAAACAAGUGAAAGAAAGAGAAUACCUUAAACAUCAAACAUUAUCUUUUCAAGUGCAAUAAAAAUGCCGUGCUGGUAUUAUGAGAAGAAAGAGCUACGAAAUACACCAUCCAUUCAAGAUGGAAUUGACUAUGAAACAGAAUGCAGAUAUAGGAAAGAAGGGGCCAGAUUUAUUAUUGAUACAGGAACUAAAAUGGAUUUAGGAUAUAAUACAAUGGCAACUGGAGUUGUUUACUUCCAUAGAUUCUAUAUGUUUCAUUCAUUUAAAAACUUCCCAAGAUAUGUAACUGCGUCCUGUUGUUUAUUAUUAGCAGGCAAAGUAGAAGAAACCCCCAAAAAAUGCAAAGAUAUAAUUAAGACUGCAAAGUCUUUAUUAACUGAACAAAAAUUGAUGACUUUUGGAGAGGAUCCAAAGGAAGAGGUCAUAACGUUAGAAAGAAUUUUACUACAAACUAUAAAGUUUGAUUUGCAAGUUGAACAUCCAUAUAGCUACUUGCUAAAAUAUGCAAAAUGCCUUAAAGGUGAUAAAAAUAAAUUGCAGAAGAUGGUUCAAAUGGCUUGGACAUUUGUUAACGACAGUUUGUGUACAACAUUGUCAUUGCAAUGGGAACCAGAAAUUAUUGCUGUUGCUCUCAUGUAUUUAGCAGGGAAGCUUAGCAAAUUUGAAGUGGUAGAUUGGAAUGGAAGAUUACCAAAACAUUUACGUUGGUGGGAUAUGUUUGUUGAGGAUGUUACUAUGGAUCUUCUAGAAGAUAUAUGUCAUCAAGUAUUAGAUUUGUAUUCACAAGCAAAUAACACAAAGCCACCAGAUUCACCACCUUUAACACCAUCUAAUGAGCCUUGUAGAGAUAGAGCUAUAAUAGCACCUUCCACAGAAUCAACAUCUACUACACCAAAUGUUACACCAGGCAAGGCUACUAAAGUUGAAGCAGUUGCAGUCUCUGCAAAUGGUUGUUUAACUACAGAUACCACAGAUGCAAUAAAACCAAUGGAUGUGCCAACGCAUUUUCAAACAUAUCCGACCAAUUUUGCACAUAGUAAUAUCAAUUAUCCCCCAGCGUUUCCUCCAGCAAAUGUUUCUGUACCUCCACCUUCUGUAAACACAAUGAAUCACAUUGUCCCACCGAUGCAUCAUAUGGGUUCCUCUGGUACCAUUAGACCUGCACCGCCUACAUCUACUACAACCCCAACACCGUUUCAACCAUAUCCUUAUCCUACAAACGCGUCAUACUUCCCUCCAAAUAAUCCAGUACCUCCAGCACCUACACCGCGUGCGUAUUAUCCACCGCAACCUUAACACAUAGAAAUUUAUAAGACCAAAUAUACAAUGUUUGCUUGUGUGUAAACGCCAUUAUUGUAAUUGAAGUUAAUAUUAUCAAAGAGGUAAUAGUUGAAUCUUGUCUUGUAAUCUAAAUCUUGUAAAUAUUGUAAAUAUGUAAAGUUUACAAUUAACAAUAAUAUUUAAUUAUAAAAUUUUUAUAUUAUUAAUAUUUAUGCGUUUCAAUUCAUAAUUUAAAUAAGGAAAUAUAAAUACAAAACUUCUAAGGGAAAGUCAGUCAAAGAUUUACAUGUAAAGGUUGCCUUUAUUAAAAAAGUUUUUUCCAGAAAAUGUAACAGCAUGCAAUGGUGCAUAAUUUGCUAAUAAUUUUAAAAGCGGUUCUGCAGAUAAUGAGUCCAAUACAAUACUGUCUGUAUAUAAAACAUACAAAACUGCAGGUAGUUCCAUAAUUUGAGCAUAUGACAAUACUGAAACAUGUAUGUUUGUUAAUGAACUUUUAUCUGAAAAUAUAGUUUGUAUUAUUUGAAUAUUAACCUCCUGCUGUUACUCCAUAUAUAAUAUUUGGCUGCUCUAAGUAUGGCUCUUUCGAUUUGCAAAUAUUCUCUCCACUUUUUGUAGUCAACAUCCUUAAGAAAGAAGGUACUGUUG